CACCACAGCCCAAAACCCGCGAUGGGGAUCACCUCCCUGAAUGAAAUCGCAGUACCCGGUGUCUAUCUUCUUAUCUUCUUUCUGGGCUAUCCGUCGCAGGUUCUGUUCUACUACUUGGAUCCUGCACCGUUGACGAGGAACGAGCUCUACAUUAGUAACGUGGUGCUUGUGCUCAUCUUCAUCACAUACACGAAGUCCGUGUUCGUGGACCCGGGAACAAUACCCAAGUCUUAUAGGCAGGAUGAUAAGAAGGAACAUGAUAUCGCCGGCGAAAAACGAGGAGAUGGAGUGAAGCGGACCAAAUGGUGUCGAAAGUGUGACGCUGCAAAGCCACCCAGGGCUCAUCAUUGCAAGGAAUGCAAGAGAUGUAUCCCGAAGAUGGACCACCACUGCCCCUGGACAGCCAAUUGUGUAUCCCACACCACCUUCCCCCAUUUCAUUCGCUUCCUCUUCUACACCUCCUGCGGCCUCUCAUGGCUCGAAUACCUCCUUUGGAUCCGCAUCGCGAAUCUCUGGGAAAACCGCAACAUGCCUGCCUACCUCGGACCAAACCCCUUCCUAGUAGCCCACCUCUUCGCCACCACCGUGAUCAACUCCAUCACUGUCUUCGCCCUCGGCGUCCUCUUCAUCAGGAACGUCUGGUGUCUCCUCGUCAACACCACCACGAUCGAAGGCUGGGAGAUAGAGCGCCACAGGACCCUGCUCCGACGCGCCCGACACUUUGGCGGCGUCCUGCAGAGCCCAGACGGGACUGAAGUACCCAUCCGAAAGCAAGAAUUCCCCUACGACGUCGGCAUAUGGCAGAACGUCAAGCAGGGCAUGGGCACCGGAAACCCCCUCUCUUGGUUCAACCCCCUCGCAGCAACACCAUCUCUCCCCUCAGGCCUCACCUUCCCCACCAACGGCUUCGAAGACGCCUCCCUCUCCUGGCCUCCGCCCGACCCCGACCGCUCCUACCGCCGCCCAGCGCCCUCCGCAAACGCCACACCCUUUACCUUCGCAGAGUCCGCGCUGUCACCCCAGGAAUCCCUCGCCGCCUUCCGCGAGCGCCAACUCGCCGACGCCGUGCGCCGCCGUAAACCCUUCGUCCAGCGCGUCGAAGCGCAGCUUGCGCGGGACAGAGACGGCGACGGUCUUGGAGACGGGCACAGCAUUGGCGUAAGCGAGGGCGUAAGCGAGGGCGAGAUGAGCGGGGACGAGGAGGAGCACGAGCGUGGCAGGACAGGCGAGAAAGACGAAGAGGGCGAGGAGGCGUGGCGGAAUUCCGAGGGGGAGAGGCUGAAGGACUUUGGCGUUGAUGAGGAGGUCGAGUUUUACGAUGAGCAGGAGGACGACGAUGUGCCUCUGGGUGAAUUGCUGGCGCGGAAGAGGGCGGCGUCGGGUACGGUAUAUUGAUGGGAGGUGGUUGGCGGACGAGUUAUGUGGCACUUAGAUGCCAGAAGUGUGGGCAAAGAGUCUUCCCUCAGAGUGUAUAUUGCAUGUUUACACACUGUUUAUAUUACGCAACGGAUCUGCACACAUAGGCGCAUAGCCGCGCUCGGCGAAGUACAUGUUACACAUCAACAGCAAGCAGUCAGGUGGUACGUCGCCACCACCACCGUGUCACCCAGUCGGAACUCGAUGCGCGGCGCGCGCACCAAUCAUUCCAAGUCCGCGGAUCAAGCAUUGCAUGAGCGCGUGCUGGACGGGAAGAUGCAGGUACAUCGGGGUUGUACCUUGCAACAGGUAUGCAACAGGUGCGGUGGCGUGUCCCUCAUGUACCUCAGGUUAGGCACAUCAUGUACAUCCGCACGUGGGCUGCAGACUAGCGUACCGGG